ACAAUUAUAUUGGAUAUUGCAUAAGCGCGCAAAAUACGCUUGAUACGUCGGGCGCGAUUUCCGAUUAUUAAAUUUCAAAGAUGUCAUCCGCGCCUAUUUGUGAUCGUGUUAAUACAUAUGCUAAUAAAAGCAGAGUUAUACCUGGUUAUGAGGGGAUACCAUACAAUUUAUGUGUUAACGUUAUCGGUUGGGUGGUCCUAAUGUGCGGAUUUACACUAUUAAGAAAACUUGCAUGGGACUAUGGGCGUAUGGGUACAUUUCAACCUAGGAAAAAUAGGUGGACUCUAUUUUCAGAAAUAAAUGAUGAAAAUGUCAGUACUGACAAUGCUUCCAUUGAUAGUGUAGAACAAACUCCAUCUACUAAUGAUCCUGGUUAUUUUUCAUGGAUUGUUAGUUAUUUCAAGUUAACAUCGGCAGAUUUACAAUUAAAAGCAGGAAAUGAUGCUGUUCAAUAUCUUAGAUUUCAUUUCUAUUUAAUUAUUUAUACAGCAAUCACUACAGUUUUCUGUUUGGUUGUUAUACUUCCAGUAAAUAUACAUGGUACACUAAAAUCUCCUGACUUACAGAAAUUCGGUGUUACGACCAUAUCAAAUAUAUCGUCUAAUUCAUCUAGUCUAUGGGUGCAUACAAUUUUUGGCAUUGGAUUUUUCCUGUUGGCAUUUUUUUUAAUGCAACAUUUCUCGAGGCAAUUUCGUCGAGAGUCGACUCGAACACCGAAUUUCUCAGAUAAAACAUUGAUGAUUUCCGGGAUAUCACGUACGAAUUGUUCACGAGCACUCAUUUUAAGGCAUUUUGCAGAACUUUAUCCUGAAUGUCCUGUUGAAGAUGUACAAAUUUGUUAUGAUACUCGAAAACUGAUAAAACUUGAAAAUCAGAAAGAUACUGUAAGAGCUGCUCUACGUUACUCUGAAGAAAGUUACGAACGUAAACGUAAACGUCCAUUUAUUAUACCAUGUUGUUGUGGUUGGAUGUAUAAAAAAUGUUAUGAAAAUAGUUGUUGUCGUAGUUGUUGUUGGAAUACUAAUAAUCAAAUAGAUUCUUCACAAAACUAUAUUUCCAAUAAUAAUGAUAAUCAUAUAGAUAAUAUUGAUGAUACUGUGCCAAGAUCUGAAGCUGUUAACAAUGAAUUAUCUUCAUCAUCUUCCUCUUCUCCUUCUUCACCUAAAAUAAAUUAUAAUAAAUGUAAAUUAUGCUUUUGUUGUCCAUGUCCACAACCUGCUGAUGCAAUCACUUAUUAUACAAAUAAAAAAAUGUAUUUACAAAAAGAAAUUGAAAAACAAUAUGAAACAACAAUUAAAAAACCAAUUGGUAUUGCAUUUAUAACAUUCUCAACCAAAUAUGCUGCAGCUUAUGUAUGUAAGGAAUAUCGUAACAUUUGUCGACGUUUAAUUAUAUCUAUAAUGUCUAGUACUAGUACUAGUUCAGUAUUGAAAAGUCAUAUGUGGUCUGUCGACUUUGCACCUGUUCCAAGUAAUAUUAUUUGGGCGAAUCUAGCAGCUACGAGAACUGUAUGGUGGUGUCGAGCAAUUUUUAUUAACUUGUGUGUUUUCUUCGUGGUGUUUUUUCUUACUACUCCUACAUAUGUAUUGAAUUUAGUUAAUACAUUGCAUUUAACUGAACGUCUACAAAUUAAUAAUCCACUAUUGAUUCAAUUUUUCCCAUCUAUUAUUCUUUGGUCCGUGUCUGCUUUAUUACCUUACAUUGUAUUCAAUUCAGAUCGACUUGUUGGUCAUUGGACUAAAUCUGUAUUACAUUUAACUGUAAUGAUUAAAACAUACACUUUAUUAAUUCUAAUGAUUUUAGUACUUCCAUCACUUGGCCUUACAUCAAUACCUGCUCUACUUCAGUGGCUUUUCCCGGAAAUGCAUAUCAUACCACUUGUCCCAGCAAAUAAUGGUUCAAAAAUUAUUAAUAUUUCAACCAUCAAUAAUACUACUAGUAAUAAUAAUAAUGCUACUGCUAAUAAUUCAAGUACACCAUCUUCAUCGAGUCCAUUUAUUCCAAUAGGGCCGCAGUCAUUUCAGUGGGAAUGUGUUUUUAUGCCAGAUAAUGGUGCUUUCUUUGUCAAUUAUGUAAUCACUGCAGCAUUUAUUGGAACAUCAUUAGAACUUGUUCGAUUUUCUGAAUUAUUUAAUUAUGCUUGCCGUCUUAUGUGUGUUAAAUCACAAGCUGAAAAAGCUGGUGUACGAAAGGCUAGUCAAUUUGAAUUUCAGUUUGGACUGUUUUAUGCAUGGAGUUUAUGCGUCUUCGCUGUGAUCUGUGCAUAUAGUAUUGUAUGUCCGUUGAUUACACCAUUCGGUCUUAUCUAUUUAAUAUUUAAGUAUUUCGUAGAACGUUAUAAUCUCUACUAUGCCUAUUUGCCUAGCCGUAUUGAUUCCCACAUUCAUUGGCUUGCAAUCAGUUGUAUGUUAGCUUCUGUGUUUUUAUUACAAUUAAAUAUAUUCAUGUUUAUUGUUUUACGUUCCAAUACUGUUAGUCAUGCUUUAGUAAUUUGUUCAUUAUUGGGUUUGAUAUUCUCUGCAAUAUUAAUAAUUUUCACGAUUGUUACUGGAUGGAUAAUGGCUGGUAGUAGUUCAGCACGUAAACUUCUAUUUAGAAAUGCACAUUUAGUCCCUACCACUGAAGAUGUAUUCGUUGAUCAGCAUAGUCAGUAUAAUAGUUCAGUCAGUGUUCAACGUAGAGGAUCAAAUUUGAACGAAAUAACCAAAGCAGUUGGUGAUCGAAAAUCAUUGGACGAUGCUACUUUUCCUAUACAUAGAAAUAACAGUGAUCCGAAUCAAUUUACUCAACCAUUAACACUAGAUAAAUCAGAAUCUAAAAAUUUGAUCCGUUCUGUUCCUGCUUCACCAUUAAUACCACCUCCAUCACCUCCUCUUACUCCUCCUACAUGUUCUUUACAAGUAUUUAAUAGAAAUGAUUUAAUUAGACAUUCAUACCCGGUAAGAAUUGAUACUAAAGAAAAAUUUGUUGCACCAGUUUUAUUACAUUUACAAAAAAGACAUAGUGUAGCUAAUUAUAUGAGUACACAAUCUAUGAUUAGUUCACUAUCAGGGAAUAAUUCUAAUCAUCCAUCUCAAUCAGAAGAUCAUAAUAAUUAAAUGAAAUACAUUCAGUAUUCUUUCUACUAUUCCUUUUAUAACAACGAGAAUGAUCCGAAAACAAAUCUGUUUCACAAUUAUUACUAGAGGUAUAUAUAUAUAUAUAUAUCUUUGUUUAUUUAACAAACCAAUUUGUCUUUGUAUCACUUUCUUCAGUAAUUAUUGAUCAUUCAUUUUUAUGUUCAUGAACAUUAUCACCAUCAUCAUCAUGAUGAUCAUCGCCGUUUGCUCUUGGAGUUUAGAUUUCUAGAUUUUUCUAUUUACUUUUUCAUUUGUUAUUAUUUAUGUAAAUUUUUUUGUUUGUUUUUCUCGUAAUUAUAGUUUAUUCAUAUGAUUUUCUUUCAUUUAUGCUUAUCUAUAAUUGAAUAAAAUGAAUUAUUUUAUAAUUGAUUAUAAUAUAACAGAAGAAUGUUUCUUUCUUUGAGUUGAAUACUUUUGGGUACUUACUUAUUUUAAGCAUAUCUAUGAACUCUCUUCUAUGUCACCGUUGUAUAUAAUAUAUAUUGAUUGUGAUGACAAUAAUGAUGACGAUGAUGGUUGGAUGAAUGUACUUAUGAUAAUUAGGAGGAAAAAAAAGAACAUUCUGAAAUUAUAUCUGCAUUUUGUUCUCUUUGCUUUUGUCUCACUUUUGGACUCUUUAUUUGUUUAUCUAUUAUCCUGUUCACAAUUUGAAUGUAACUUGCUUGUUGCUAUUUUGUAUAUGUACGCGUGGUAAUAUCAUUUAUUGUUUAUUUAAGGUUUAAUUAGGAUAAUCAUAAUAUUUCAAAGAAAAACUGAUAAUUUCAUUUUGUUUUCUCAAAGUUGACAUUGUUCGUUUUUUCUAAAAAAAUAAAACAUAUGAAGAAUAAGGUUGUUCAUUUUGGUUUACUUCUUGUCGUUUUCAGUUGAUUUUCUUGUUUUCUUUAUAUAUAUAUGUUAUGACUUUA